GCCUCCUGGCCAACGGCGGCACAAUGGGCGAGGAUGGGCUGCUGCUGCCGCCGCGUGCACAGCGAGACUACAGCGAUGCCCGCUUGGAGCGUGUGGCCGCCUACACAACGACCACAAUGCGCCUCAAACCGGAUAAAUGGACCAAAAUGAUGGCCAGCGAUGAGCUGCGGCGCACUGUCAUGGACUGGCUGCACGGACCCACACGCGUCCUGGUCAUGACGCUCAGUCCGGGCGGCGAUCUGGUGCCCAGGAGCUGCCUGAGUGACUUGUACCAUCAUUAUACGCUCCAUCAGAGCUCCUCCAUCGCCGCUGCAGCAUCCUCCUCCUCCGCCGCUUUGGGUACGCUGCAAGAUGAUGCCCUGGCCACGGCAGCGGCAGCGGCAGCUGUGUCUGUGUCUGCGGUGGUGGCCGCCGUCGCACCAGGCGCUCUCCUCAUGCCACUGCCGCCAGCCUGCUCCAGCUUCACCACGCUGGACGGUGUGCCACGCGGCAAGUGCGCCUACUUUAUACGCCGCAACAGUGCGGCCGAUGCACCGCUAACAGCGGCCAAUUUCCCAUCCCACGUGCUCUACGGCGACUUUCCGGUGCACAGCAAAAUCGAGACAAUGUCGCUGCUGUUCGAUGAGGUGGUGCAGCCGCUGCUGGAGAAGUCCCAGACCGAGUGGCCGCCGAUUGUGUGGAAGGAUCUGCAGGCGCGCAUAAAGGAUGUCCGCAACACACUCACCGAGAUUAAGGGGAAAACCAACAAUCGCACAAUUUUAUCGUUAUUAGUUUCGCCAACAAUCGUCGAGGAAGUGUUUGCCCACGUGAACCAAGGGGAUUUGCUGCCCGCCUUGGCACCAAAGUUUCGCAAUCUGCUGGAGGAGAUGUUCAUCAAUUGGACCACCCAAAUGCAUGACAUUGUCAUGGAGCGUUCCGAGUGCCAGGCCAUUGGCAUGGCCACCUCAAUCCCUGGCCCUGGCCCAGGCCCAGGCCCAGCCCAGGCGAAGCACAUCACUGUGGUGGCCAUGCCGGCGCAGGAGAUUGGCUUCUGGACCAACCGUAAGCUCAAUCUGCAGAACAUCUACGAGCAGCUGCGCGAGGCGACACACAAGACCCUCGCCCAGAUCCUGGAGCGCAUCGAGUCCGUCUACCAUCAGUCGUAUGCGAAGGCAUUUCGUCAGCUGGUCGCCGCUUGGGUGGAGGCCCGGGAUGUGUCGCUGUGGCUGCAGCCGCUGCUGCGGCAGACAUCCGCCUUUAAUUCGGUGCAGUUUAGCAAUGGCCACGAGCUGAUUGCCCCGCUCGUCCAUGUGCUGCACCUGGUGUGGAGCAAUGCCCGCUACUAUCGCAGCACCCAGCGCAUGAGUGUCCUGCUGCGUUGCAUCUGCAACAUGCUGGUGCAUCGCGCCGCCGAGGACCUGGAGUUUCCACUGCUUUUCCAGGGCGACGCUGACGAGGGCCUGCUGCGCAUCAAUCGCACCAGCGAGGUCUUGGAGUUUUUCAAGCAACGCAUGCUGCAGUACAAGGAGCGAUAUGGCAGCAGUCAAGUGCUAUUGCCAGCGCUUCCUGGUGCCGGCGGCAGCAGCAGGGGCGACUCGCCAACGCCCGAUGACUUGCAGCAGUUGUGGCGCUUCUGCAACGAGGAUGUGUUUGGCCAAACACUCGAUGGCUUCCUGGCCCAGUUGUCGGAGCUGCGGCAGGUGUUCGAGGCGGCGGUACAGUUCCAGCAACUGGAGAAGCUUGAAAUUGGCGGGCUGCGUGGCAAAAUGCUCACCCAGCGCAUCAGAGAGUUAUUCAACGAGUUCAAAGCGCUCUUCGAGCAGUGGAGCAACGUGGACAUCGAUCUCACAGCCAGCAAAUGGAGGUGCUUCAAGCGCGAACAGACUCGCUUCUUUGGCCGCAUGCAACGGCUGGAGCAGAAGCUGGCCACCGUGCUGCUGCAGGCCUUCGAGCAGUGCCACAGUUGGAUGCACCUGCUGAAGCUGUCGCUGAUGUUCGGCUGCCUGCUGCAGCGCUGUGCCGUGCAGCCGGAACUGGUGCGCAUUCUGCCGCACAUUCUGGCCAUCUACGACGCGGAGCUGCAGCAGCUGGAGGCGAGUGUGGGCGAGGUGCUGCUCGGCUAUGAGUUUCGCGGCCUCUCCGCCCUGCCCAUGCCCUUCAAUUUUCCGCCCAUUGCGGGUGCCAUGAUGUGGCUGGAGCAGCACAUCAACUGCUGCACGCAGCUGGGCGCCAAGGAGUUGACUCAGCUCAUACAGAAAUUGCUAUUGGAGAAAUCAGAGCUUCAGAGAAUGCCACUCAAAUGGGAGGCGCUGCUCUGCCGUCGCAACAUACUGACCACCAAGCUGAGCAAUCUGCAAAUGAAGAUCUGGACCACAUGGCAGCAGGGCAUCGACAAGCUCAUCCGCCAGGGACUCGAUGAAGCGGUCAUCGCCCAAUCGCAAGGCGACAGACAGCUGCAUCUGAACUUCUCGCUGGCAUUGUUCACCCUACUGAGGGAGACAAAGUAUUUGUUGGCUCUGCAGGCGACUGGCUGCCUGUCCGGCGAUCUCUUUCAGCUGCCGCAGGAGCUGCUCGCGCUGUACGCGCAGCGGGAUGCGUACUGGGAGCGACGCAUACGCCUCAUCAAGAUUGGUGAGUUCUACAAUGGCAUCCGGACGGGCGAGUGUGCCGCCGCCGAGCUGCAGCUGAUACGCAACGAACUGGCGGCCAUCGAUGAGCAGGUGGCCGUGGCCUGUGACCAGUUGACUUGGCGUUGCUAUGAUGAGCCGCUUAUAGCCGGCAUUUUUGAGCAGAGUCGCGACCUGUUUGCCCGUCUGCAGCAAUCGCAUGAGAAUCUGGAUGCCAUUCUGGCGAGCAUGCGGCGCUGGAGCCGUGAGCCGCUGCAUCAGCGUAGUCUGUACGGCAGAAAUCUGUUGGAUUUGCGGCACCAGCAGGAGCGUGUGCGUCUGCGGCUGCUGCAAUGCGAUGAGACCAAAAUGUUGCUCAAUCGCCUGCUGAUAGCAAACUUUUGUCUAUUCUUCAACUACGAAUCGCAGCAGUUUCAGCUCUACUCACGAGAUCUGAGUGUGCAGGAGUUUGUCAGGGAAUUCCCCGAGGAGCAGCGGCGACAGUACAGCAAAUAUUUGGCCAGCGUUGAUGAGUUGAUUGCCCGCGAAGUGCGACAGGCCACGAGAAUCAGUUUAGAGUAUUUGUACAAAGAAAUGACAGCAACAGCAACAGCAGCAGCAGCAGCGAAGACUCCACCGUUGUCUGCGUCUGCGGCGGAGCCAGGGGCCACUUCACCGCCUCCGUCUCCAACUGAGACUCCGACACUGGCAGGGUUAGUUCUACAGCAAAUCACAGUGCCACAAGCGACAGCAACCGCAACAACAGUCAACGAUUCUCCACUCUUCGAAGUGAAAUUGGAGCUGACGGAAACGGAAAUACACUUUUCGCCAGCCCUUGAUGCAAGUGUGGAAAAUAAUUUUCAACAAAUUGUCGAGCAGCUGUUGCUCGAUAUAAAACAGACAUGCGACUGCAUGCCAAGAAUUGUGCCUGACAAUGCGCUGUCAGAGGAUGAUGAUGAUGAUCCAAAGAGCCCUGGGGAGGACAAGCAUCAGACGGUGCAGUUCAACCUGCUGCAGGCAGCCAAGGCUUAUAGCCAAAAAAUGGAAUGCCAUGGCGAUGACUUGGAGCUGCUGGAAAGGGCCAUACGCGAUGCUCUGGAUGAUACGGUUCGAGCCGCAUUGACUUAUGCUGCCAAAUUCCACGCCUAUGCAUUCCUCUGGACCCAGCAGAGCGGCGAUGUGCUGGCUGCUUGCAUGCUGGCGGCCAAACAGCAGACACAGCAUGUCAGCGACGCUGGCGGCUUUGCCAUCAUGGAGACAUUCAAAAAAGAGAUCGAGCAGUACAACGAGGUGCACGAGGCGAUUGACCAGAUGGAGAAUCGGAAGUGCAUCAAUGGCUGGUUGGCCCUGGAUCUGAAGCCACUGAAGUUCGGUCUGCUGAAUCUGGCCUGCAAGUGGUCGCAUCUCUGCAAGCAAUGGCUGCUCCGCUAUGUCCAGGGCACCCUCAAGGAGCUGAAUGCGUUCAUUGCGCGCGGUCAUGAGACGCUGCAGUUGCAUAUUGCACGGCAGGACUUUAGGGCUCUGCUGCGUGUGCUGGCCAUCAUGGCGGAGAUACGGCAGCGCGAGCCCUACGCGGACAAUGUGUUCAAGCCACUGAAGGACAUCAUGGCCCUGCUCAAGACCUACAAUGUUGAGUAUGAGUCGCAGUUGCUGCGCAGCAUCGAACAGCUGCCGCUGCUGUGGCAACAGCUGAAGCAGUGCAGCACCGUCAAGCAGGAGGUGCUGCAGGACACGCGCUACCAUCAGCAGCAACGGGUCGCCUCGCUCAUAGGGCUGCACACAUGCCACGUGCAGCACUAUGCCAGGCAGUUCCAACGCAUGCCGUUCUUUCGAGUGCCCUGUCCGCAGGUGUACGAUGCCUGCGACGAGGUUUACGUGCGCCUGCAUCGCUUCGGCAGACAGCAGCGUCUGUACACGCGCUGGGCGCGACUCCUCGACAUUGCAUCACCCGACACGGCCACGCUGCAGCUAUGCCAAGUGGAGCUCAGGCGGGUGAAGCAAUUGUGGGACUUUGUUCGUGUCAUCGAGUCGUGCAUUGUUGAUUGGCAUGCGACACCGUGGCUGCUCAUCGACACGGAUGAUAUGGAGCACGAGUGCAAGAAAUUUACGCGCGAUUUGCGCACCCUCGACAAGUGCAUCCGCGACUGGGCGCCCUAUGUCUACAUUGUGGGCGUUCUCCGUGAGCUGGUGGCCUCCCUGCGAGCCAUUACCGAACUGCAGAAUCCAGCAAUUACCGAACGCCAUUGGCUGGAGCUGAUGCAGCUGACAAAGCUCUCGUACAAAUGCAACAAGGCGACGAGCCUGGCCCAGCUGCUUAAGCUGCAGCUGCAGCAUCACGAGGAGGACAUCAAGAACACCGUGGAUCGUGCCAUCAAGGAGCUGACCGUGACCAAGGUGCUCGACGAAAUCAAGGCCACGUGGGCGCAUCUCGAAUUCGAGCUGGAGCCACACCAAACACGUGCCAGCAUACGGCUGCUCAAGGUGUCCGAGGAGCUCAUCGAGACGCUGGACGACAACCAGAUGCAGCUGCAGAAUAUUUCCACCUCAAAGCACAUCGAGUAUCUGCUGGAAAAACUCGGCCACUGGCAGCGUGUGCUCAGUGGCAUCGACACUCUGAUUGUCAAUUGGCUGGAGGUGCAGCGCAAGUGGAUCUACCUCGAGUGCAUUUUCAUCGGCUCGGCGGACAUACGUGCCCAGCUGCCAGCAGAGGCGGCCAACUUUGAGCGCAUUGAUGCGGACUUCACGGCGCUGCUGGCGCGCGUCAGUCAAGUGCGUGUCGUCAUGCAGGUGGUGCUGCGGCACGAGGAUGUGCUGCCGCAGCUGCUGCAACUGCAGCAGCGUCUGGCCAUCUGCGAGAAGGCGCUGAACGAUUAUCUGGAGACGAAGCGGCUGGCCUUUCCACGCUUCUACUUCAUCUCGGCCGCCGACCUGCUGGACAUACUCUCCAACGGCAACAAUCCGCAGGUCAUCGAUCGCCAUCUCAUCAAGCUGUUCGACUCGAUUCUGAGGCUCCAGUACGAGACCAACACCACGAAUGCCGUCGGCAUGCACUCCAAGGAGAACGAUGAGUAUGUGCCCUUUGUGGCGGAGCAGGAUCAGCCCGCCUACAUUGUGUGCAGCGGCCGUGUGGAGCUCUGGCUGCGCGCCAUCAUCCAGCAAAUGCGAAGCACCCUGCACGAGCUCUUUCGCCGGGCCCUGCGCGCCUUUGGCGAGAAGCCGCGCGAACUCUGGCUCUACGAUUGGCCAGCCCAGGUGGCCCUCUGCUGCAGCCAGAUCAGCUGGACGGCGGACGUGAAUCGAUCGUUCGGCUGCAUGGAGGAGGGCUACGAGGGCGUCAUGAAGGAGCUCCACAAGCGCCAGAUGGCCCAACUAAAUGCGCUGAUUAAUCUGCUGCUCGGCGAACUGUCGCCGGGCGAUCGCCAGAAGAUCAUGACCAUCUGCACCAUUGAUGUGCACUCGCGGGAUGUCGUGGGCAAGAUCAUAUCCUCCAAGGUGGACAACUCGCUGGCCUUUCAGUGGCAGAGCCAGCUGCGCCAUCGCUGGGACGACGACCAGGCGGGCAGCUCCAGCGGCGGGGCAGGCACCGCCCACAGUGCGGGCGGUGGCGAUGAGGAUUGCUUUGCCAACAUUUGCGACGCAGAGUUCCGCUACGCCUACGAAUAUCUGGGCAACACAUCGCGACUGGUUAUCACACCGCUCACGGAUCGCUGCUACAUCACCCUGACACAGUCGCUGCGACUGCGACUGGCGGGUGCAACCGCUGGCCCUGCUGGCACCGGGAAAACGGAAACGACCAAGGACCUGGGACGGGCACUGGGCGUAAUGGUUUAUGUCUUCAACUGCUCGGAGCAAAUGGACUACAAAUCUUGUGGAAACAUUUACAAAGGGCUGGCCCAGACGGGGGCCUGGGGCUGCUUUGACGAGUUCAAUCGCAUCUGCGUGGAGGUGCUGUCCGUGGUGGCCGUUCAGGUGAAGACCAUACAGGAGGCGAUAAAGAUGCAUAAAACCCAAUUUAUCUUUAUGGGCGAGCGCAUUUCACUGGAGCCGUCGGUGGGAAUUUUUAUCACCAUGAAUCCGGGCUAUGCCGGCCGCACGGAGCUGCCGGAGAACCUGAAAACAUUGUUUCGCCCUUGCGCCAUGAUUGUGCCGGACUUUGCUUUGAUUUGUGAGAUUAUGUUAAUGGCGGAGGGCUUCCAGGAUGCCCGUCUGCUGGCACGCAAAUUUAUCACCCUCUACACGCUGUGCAAGGAGCUGCUGUCCAAGCAGGAUCACUACGAUUGGGGUCUGCGGGCCAUCAAAUCGGUGCUGGUCGUGGCCGGCACACUCAAGCGCGAUGACCACAGCCGGCCCGAGGAUCAGGUGCUGAUGCGGGCGCUGCGUGACUUCAACAUACCCAAGAUUGUGACGGAGGAUGUGCCCAUAUUUAUGGGCCUGAUUGGUGACCUCUUUCCCGCCCUGGACGUGCCCCGGAAGCGGGUCUUUGAGUUUGAGAAAACCAUACGGCGGGCGGUGAACGAAAUCAAGCUGCAGCCAGAGGAGGGCUUCCUCAUGAAGGUCGUUCAGCUGCAGGAGCUGCUGGAUGUGCGCCACUCGGUGUUCAUUGUGGGCAAUGCGGGCACCGGCAAGACCAAGAUAUGGCAGACCCUACGCGAGACCUAUCGCAUUCAGAAGCUGAAGCCCGUCUGCCAUGUGCUCAAUCCCAAGGCGCUGUCGAAUGACGAGCUCUUCGGGAUCGUAAAUCCCACGACGCGCGAGUGGAAGGAUGGCCUGUUCUCCUCCAUUAUGAGGGAGCAGGCCAAUAUGCCGCCAGGCAACCCCAAAUGGAUUGUGCUCGACGGCGACAUUGAUCCCAUGUGGAUCGAGAGUCUCAACACGCUGAUGGACGACAACAAGAUCCUGACUCUUGCGAGCAACGAACGGAUUUCGCUGAAGCGCGAGAUGCGGCUGCUGUUCGAGGUGGGACACCUCAAGGCAGCCACUCCUGCCACAGUCUCGCGUGCGGGCAUUUUGUACAUCAAUCCCCAGGAUCUGGGCUGGUCUCCCUAUGUAUCGUCCUGGCUGGAGACGCGCGUGGACAUGAUUGAGCGUGGCAUCCUGACGACACUGUUUGAGAAGUACUUCCCCUGCCUGAUGCAGCGGCAUCGUGACUUUCGUCGCAUUACACCCAUCACGGACAUGGCCAUGAUACAAAUGACCUGCCAUCUGCUGGAGUGCCUGCUGGACACCGAUGACAAGGGCCGAGGGGAUGGCAGUGGGGCCGCUGAAGCCGUCAAUCCGCACAGUCUGCACCAUGGCGAGAACUCGCACGAGUCCGUCGAGAUGGCCCUGGAGACGGUGUUUGUGUAUGCCACCGUAUGGAGCUUUGGCUCGGCCCUGCUGCAGGACAUCAUCAUCGACUGGCAUCGGGAGUUCCACAAGUGGUGGACGGGCGAAUUUAAGGACGUCAAGCUGCCCAAUCAGGGCACUGUGUUCGACUAUCAGUUGAAUGUGCGUACGCUGAAGUUUCAGGCAUGGUCCGAGCUGGCCGCCCACGACCAGCAGCAGCUGGAUGUUCAAAUCGAUGCCGAGAUGCCAUUGCAGAACGUGCUCAUUUCAACUGCAGAGACCACACGACUGGCCUACUUCCUCAAGCUGCUCAUCGACCGCAAUCUGGCCUGCAUGCUGGUCGGCAGCUCCGGCUGCGGCAAGGGCGCCAUCUUCCGUCAGCUCUUCAGCAAAUAUGCCAGUGACCAGGAGCUGCUUGAAAUCGCAGUGACUGCUGUCACAGACAGUCAUCAGCAGCAGCAGCAUCUGUCCAAUCCCCCAUUAGGUGGAGCAGCUUCCAUUGGAGGCAGUGUAGUACGCCGAACGACAUCCUCGUCGUCACCGCUGCUGACCACAGUGCAGGCGACGCACUUCAACUUCUACACCACAUCGGAGAUAUUCCAGAAAAUGCUCGACAGUCCGCUGGAGAAGAAGUCGGGCCGCUGCUAUGCGCCCAGUGGACCCAAGCGACGGCUUGUCUACUUUGUCAACGACCUGAACAUGCCGGAGGUGGAUGCCUACGGCACAGUGCAGCCGCACACGAUUAUGCGACAGUUCAUGGACUACAGGCAGUGGUACGAUCGCCAGCGGCUGCAGCUGAAGGACAUCCGACACUGCCAGUUUGCGGCCUGCAUGAAUCCGACGGCCGGCUCCUUCACCAUUGACCCGCGCCUGCAGCGCCAUUUCUGUGUGUUUUCGGUUUCGCCACCGCCCGAGGACCAGCUGCAGUACAUCUACGGCAGUAUUCUGAACGGGCACCUCGAGAAUCCGGCGCAGGGCUUCAGCAAGGAAAUACGCACGAUUGGCAGUCUUCUGGUGCGUGUGGGCAUCGCACUGCACCGACGCGUGGAGUACGCCUUCCUGCCGACGGCCGUCAAGUUCCAUUACCUUUUCAACUUGCGCGACCUCACGGGCAUCUAUCAGGGCCUCAUGAACAGUGUGGGCGCCCCGGCCUCGGCGGGCGGUGGUGGCGGGGCCACGGCGAACGUCUACGGCGGCACCGUCUGCAGCAGGCCCUCCGAGCUGAUCCGCCUCUAUGUGCAUGAGGCGUUUCGCGUGUACCACGAUCGGCUGGUCGAUCCGUAUGACAUCAAGUCGUUCAGGUCUUCGAUUCGCGACAUAUUCAAGAAGGACUUUGAGGACUUUGACGAGGAGUUUGUGUUCGCCGAGCCCCUGAUCUACAGCCACUUUGCCCAGUCGCUGGUGGACCAGAAGUACAUGCCGCUCAAGAGCUGGGACUCGCUCUACCAGCUGCUGCUGGAGGCCCAGGCCAGCUACAACGAGGUGGUGGGCUACAUGAAUCUAGUGCUCUUCGAGGAUGCCAUGAUACACGUGUGCCGCAUUAAUCGCAUACUGGAGAGUCCGCGGGGCAAUGCUCUGCUCAUCGGAGUGGGUGGCUCUGGUAAGCAGACGCUCGCUCGCCUCGCUGCCUUCAUCUCCUCGCUUAGUGUCUCGCAGAUUCAGAUUAAGCGCGGCUUUGGGCUGCUCGACAUGAGGGAGGAGAUCGCCAGUCUCUAUAUGAAGGUGGGCCUCAAGAAUCUGGCCUCCGUGUUCCUCAUCUCAGAUGCCCAGAUACCCGACGAGUCCAUACUGAUGCUCAUCAACGACUUGCUGGCCUCCGGCGAGAUACCGGAACUCUUCAACGACGACCAGCUGGAGACCAUCGUCAAUGGCAUUCGGAAUGAAGUGAAGCAGAGCGGCACGCUGGACACCAAGGACAACUGUUGGCGCUAUUUUGUGGAGAAGGUUCGCCGAUUGCUCAAAGUGGUGCUCUGCUUCUCGCCCGUGGGUCAGACGCUGCGUGUGCGGGCCCGCAAAUUUCCGGCCAUCAUCAGUCGGACGGCCAUCGACUGGUUCCACGAGUGGCCCAGAAGCGCUUUGGAGUCCGUUUCCCAGAAGUUUCUCAGCGAAAUCAGCAGCAUUUUGGAGCCAGCAUUGGUGCCGCCCAUCGGGUGCUUUAUGGCUUACGUCCAUGGCACCGUGAAUCAGAUAUCGAAAAUUUAUCUGCAAAAUGAAAAACGCUACAACUACACGACCCCAAAAACUUUUCUCGAAUACAUUUUCCUCUACCGCAAACUGUUGGUGAACAAAAACGGUGAAUUUGCGGAGCGCAUUGCACGGCUGCAGAGCGGCAUGGCCAAGCUGGCGGAGUGCGCCCGUCAGGUGGACACGCUGAAGCAUCAAUUGGCCAUCCAAGAGGUUCAGCUGGCGGGCAAAAAUGCGGCCGCCGACAAGCUGAUUGUCAUCGUGAGUGCCGAGAGCGAGAAGGUGAAGCGGGAGCGCUAUAUAGCCUCCGAGGAGGAGAGCCGUGUCCGCAUCAUCGAGGAGGAUGUCUCCAUCAAGACCAAGAUGUGCGAGGAGGAUCUGCGGCAGGCGGAGCCGGCGCUGGUGGCCGCCCAGGCAGCGCUCAAUACACUCAAUAAGAACAAUCUCACCGAGCUGAAGUCGUUCGGUUCGCCGCCCAAGGGCGUGAUCAAUGUGUGUGCCGCUGUGAUGGUGCUGCUGGCCACCAAUGGCAAAAUACCCCGAGAUCGCAGCUGGAAGGUGGCCAAGCUGAUGAUGGUGCGUGUCGAUCAGUUCCUCAACGAUCUGCUCAACUACAACAAGGACAACAUACACCAGAAUAUCAUUGAAACGCUGCAGGAGUAUCUCAAGGAUCCCGAAUUCAAUCCCGACAAAGUCGUGCAAAAGUCGGUGGCCGCUGCUGGCCUCUGUGCGUGGGUCAUCAAUCUGUAUCGCUAUCACCAGGUCUUCCUGAUAGUCGGCCCCAAGCAGCAGGCCCUGCAGGAUUCACACCAGGAGCUGCUGGAGGCCCGCGAGCGCCUGCAGUAUCUCAAGUCGAAGAUUAACAACCUGGAGGCGAAGCUGGCCGAAAUACAGGCCGAGUUCGAGCACGCGGUGGCCGAGAAGCAAAAGUGCCAGCGGGAGGCGGACAAGACCUCAUUCACCAUUGAUCUGGCCCAUCGUCUGGUCAAUGGACUGGCCAACGAGAAUGUCCGCUGGCGUGAGUCUGUCCAGAGCUUACAAGCCAAGAUUGGAACCCUGCCUGGAGAUAUACUACUAAUUUCCUCGUUCCUGUCGUACGUGGGCUGCUUCACGCGCCGCUACCGCGAGGAGCUGCAGCACAAGAUGUGGCUGCCGAACUUUCGCAAAAUCGAUCCGCACAUACCCCACACCGAGGGCGUCGACCCUUUGGCCCUGUUCUCGGACGAUGCCCAGAUAGCCACCUGGAACAAUGAGGGUCUGCCCAUGGAUCGCAUGUCCACGGAGAAUGCCACCAUCUUGCAGUACACGACGCGUUGGCCGCUGAUGAUUGAUCCGCAGCUGCAGGGCAUCAAGUGGAUCAAGAAUCGCUUUGACACAUCGUUGGUUGUGCUGCGACUGCGGCAGCGUGGCUUCCUGGAGGCCCUCGAGAAGUGCAUCUCGCAGGGCGACACUGUGCUCAUCGAGCAAAUCGAGGAGUCGCUGGACACGGUGCUGGAGCCGCUGCUCAGUCGGGCGCUGAUCAAGAAGGGUCGAUAUCUGCGCAUUGGCGACAAGGAAAUCGAGUUUAAUGCCAAUUUCCGGCUCAUACUGCACACGAAGAUGGCCAAUCCGCACUACAAGCCGGAAAUGCAGGCACAGACGACACUGAUUAACUUUACGGUGACGCCGGACGGGCUCGAGGAGCAGCUGCUGGCGGAAGUGGUCAAGAUUGAGCGGCCGGACUUGGAGCAAAUGAAAACGGAGGUGACCGUGCAGCAGAACAAGUUUAAAAUCUCGCUGAAAGCCCUCGAGGAUGAGCUGCUGGCGCGACUGGCCUCUGCCGGCGAGAAUGUGCUCGAUGACCAUGCCCUGGUGCUCAAUCUGGAGAACACCAAGCGCACCGUGGACGAGAUCGAGGCGAAGGUGCGGGAGGCACGCCUCACCACGCUGCAGAUCGACGAGACGCGCAACAUCUAUCGGUCGGCGGCGAAGCGGGCGGCCAUCCUGUACUUUGUGCUCACCGAUCUCAAUCGCAUCAAUCCCAUCUACAAGUUCUCGCUGAAAUCGUUCAUGCACGUCUUCCGGCAGGCCAUUGCCCUGGCGCCCGACUCCAAGAGCUACGAGAAGCGAGUGCUGCACCUGGUGGACUCGAUCACCCUGCAGACCUACCGCUACACGCUGCGCGGCCUCUUCGAGGCGGACAAGCUGACCUUCACCUCGCACAUGACGCUGCGCAUCCUGAUUGCCGCCGAUCAGGUUUCCAAGGACGAGACGGACUUCCUGCUGCGCUAUCCCCACGAUCCGAGCACAUUGUCGCCGCUGGAUUUUGUCGGCCGCAGCGCCUGGGGCGGCAUCAAGUCGCUGACCCUCGUCGAGCACUUCUACGGCAUCGACAAGGACAUGGAGAACUACACGAAGCGCUGGCGCAAAUUCAUGGGCAGCGAUGCCCCCGAGCGCGAGCAGUUCCCCGGCGAGUGGAAGCACCGCACGCCGCUGCAGAAGCUGUGCAUCGUCCGGGCCCUGCGGCCCGAUCGCAUGACCUAUGCCAUGUGCCAGUUCGUGGAGCAGACCAUGGGACGAUCGUAUGCGGAGGUGCAGACGCCGCCGUUCAAUGACAUCUUCAAGGACCUGAAUGCGGCGACGCCGGCCUUCUUUAUACUCUCGCCCGGUGUCGAUCCCAUCCGGGAUGUGGAGCGCUUCGGCCAGAAGCAGGGCUACCACGCGGACACCGACACGCUGGUGAACAUAUCGCUGGGCCAGGGCCAGGAACUGCUGGCCGAACAGGCCAUACACCACGCCCUCGCCUCGGGUCAGCAGUGGGUCAUACUGCAGAACAUUCAUCUGGUGGUCAACUGGCUGCCCACGCUGGAGAAGCUCAUCGAGCGCAUUGUCCUGCAGUCGGAGACCCAGGGGGAGUCCAGCUUCCGGCUCUUCAUCAGCGCCGAGCCAGCGCCCGAUCCGCAGUAUCACAUCAUACCGCAGGGAAUCCUGGAAUCGUCGCUGAAGGUGGUCAAUGAGCCGCCAGCUGGCAUGGCCGCCAAUCUGCACAAGGCCUGGGAUAACUUCUCGCAGGACGCACUCGAGACGUGCACCCAGGAGGCCGAGUUCAAGUCGAUUCUGUUCGCGCUCUGCUACUUUCAUGCGGUGGCCGGCGAGCGGCGAAAGUUCGGCCCCCAGGGCUGGAACAAGGUCUAUCCGUUCAACAUCGGGGACCUCAUGAUCUCGUCGAAUGUGCUGCACAACUAUCUGGAGGGCAGCAAUCGCAUACCGUGGGAGGAUCUGCGCUAUCUCUUCGGCGAGAUCAUGUAUGGGGGCCACAUCACGGACGACUGGGACCGAAGGCUGUGCCGCACCUAUCUGGAGGAGCUGCUGCAGCAGGACCUCAUCGAUGGCGACUUUGAGCUGUGUCCGGGCUUCCCGGCACCGCCCAAUCUCGACUUCGAGGGCUAUCACUCGUACAUCAAUGAAAUGCUGCCGGCCGAGUCACCGCUGCUGUACGGACUGCAUCCGAAUGCGGAGAUUGGCUUCCUGACCACCGCCUCGGAGCAGCUGCUGCGCACCAUCUUCGAGCUGCAGCCCCGCGAAUCGGAGCUCAGCUCCCACUGUGGUGCGCCCCGCGAGGAGCUCGUCAAGAUCAUGAUCGAUGAUUUUCUGGACAAGUUGCAGGACGAGUUCAAUCUCCAAGCGCUGCUGAAUCGCGUGGAGCGCAAGACGCCCUUCGUGGUCGUGGCCCUGCAGGAGUGCGAGCGCAUGAAUGCCCUCAUUCGCGAGAUCAAGCGAUCCCUACGCGAACUGAUGCUGGGCCUCAAGGGCGAGCUGACCAUCACCCAGGAAAUGGAGCGGCUCGACUAUGCCAUCUUCUAUGACCAUGUGCCGGGGGCAUGGGCCCAGCUGGCGUAUCCCAGCAUGCUGGGCCUGCAGGGCUGGUUCGCCGAUCUGCUGCAUCGCAUCAAGGAGCUGGCCGGCUGGCUGAAUGACUUUAAGCUGCCCUGCGCCAUCUGGCUGGGCGGAUUGUUCAAUCCCCAGAGCUUCCUCACCGCCAUCAUGCAGGAGAGUUCCCGCAAGCAUGAUCUGCCACUGGACCGCAUGCUCAUCAGCUGCGACGUCACCAAGAAGCAAAAGGAUGAUGUCACUCUGCCGCCAAUGGAGGGUGCCUUUGUCCAUGACCUGUAUAUGGAUGGGGCCAGCUGGGACUGUCAGCUCAACUCGAUUGUGGCCCUGCGCCCCAAGGAGAUGCUCUGCGCCAUGCCAGUCAUCUACAUCAAGUCCAUUGUCCAGGAGAAGCAAGAGCUGCAGCGUGUCUACGAGUGUCCACUGUACAAGACCAGGUCGCGUGGCAACACUUAUGUCUGGACGUUCAACCUAAAGACGCGCGAGCGUCCAUCGAAAUGGAUCUUGGGUGGAGUGGCGCUCCUAUUGCAGCCAUAAAAGGGGGCGCCGCUCCACUCAGGGGCCUGGACUAUGCGUAUCUACGCGUAACAUUAUUGCCGCCCAUCGACCAGCCAAAGUUCAGGCACCAGACGCAAACCACUCGAAAUGACGAAUCAAUUAGUAGAUAAUUAUUUAUAACUUUUAGCGUCUAACCACGGGUUGCGUCGCUUCGCAUCGCUUCGCGUCUCGUCUCGUCUCGCGCAACGCACGUGAAGUUCGCGUAAAUAUGACGAAACCGCAAAUGUAUCUUAUCUGAAUGUUAGUGGCAGCGAUUUAUCUGGAAAUAGUUGCAUGUUGCUAGGUUCCACCUCGAGCUACCCAUUUGGCAACUUGAUUUUAUUAUGCAAAGUUCUUGGAAAGUUAUAUAUACAUUUAUGAAAUUAAUUUAGUCAUUCGACUAAGGCAAAUGAAUAAAGUGCCGCGUAGGGUUUUUAUAGUUCAACUGGGGAAACUA